GAAUAAGGCUAGGAGAGUCUUUAAGGAUCCCAACCACCCAGAUAACGGCCUUUUCUCCCUGCAGCAGUUGUGAAGAAGAUACCGGAUCCUAAAUGAGGGAAGAUGCAGCACUUAAUGUGGUUGAUGCUGGUGAUCCUAUGGAUGGUGCAGGCUGUGGAGGGCUGUCCUGAUGUCUGUAAAUGCUACAGGAAGUCCAGUCCAGAAACAUCAGAGGUCAACUGUCAUAAGAGGGGGCUUCGUGCCUUUCCCUCCAAACUGCCCCCUGAUGCCUGGAUCAUCAAACUAGGUGAGAAUGGUAUUACAGACCUGAAGGCCAAUGCUCUGAGAUCGAUUCCAAAGAUUGAGAGUAUCAACCUGGAACGAAAUGCCAUCAAGUCCAUCCACCCCCAGGCCUUCUCUGGUGCAAAACAACUGAUGCUUCUCAAUCUCUACGGCAACCACAUCACCAACCUUCCACUGAGGGGAUUCCAGGACCUCCUGAACCUUCGCUUCCUCAUGCUGGGACAGAACCAGAUUGGUGUCCUCAAACCUGAGAUGUUUGCCGGAAUGAGGAACUUGUCAGACUUAGACCUGCCUCUCAAUGCGCUGACAAUGCUCCCAUCUAACGCCUUUAAGCCUCUGAUCGCCCUCAAAGUUCUGGACCUUUUCCUGAAUCGUAUCCAGAGGAUUUCUCCUAAGGCCUUCACUGGACUCAGAAAGCUCAUGUUCCUCAACUUAGACAAUAACAGCCUGAAGACCGUUCCAGCUGGAGCAUUCAGGCCGUUGCGAUCUCUGGAGAUGCUGGUUCUAGACAACAACCUUCUGUCCACAUUGAGUCCAUCAGCUUUGGAUGGCCUGGGCAACUUGCAGGAGCUCUACCUGAGGAACAACAAGCUGGAGCACCUGCCACCUGAUGUAUUCAGGAACAUGGCCAAGCUUUCUCAGCUGGCUCUCAGUGGAAACCGCCUGAAGACAGUGGAUGGAAACAUGUUCCUCCAUAUACCUGACCUGAAGAAACUGUACCUCCAUGACAACCCAUGGCGUUGUGACUGUAAUAUCAUCUCCUUGGUGCAGUGGAUGGGACAGACAAAGGCCAGCCUGUUGCCUCGGGAAGCCCCGAGGUGUGUAAGUCCUCCGGAGCUCCGAAACAAGAGCUUUUCCAGCCUCCAAGCCUCCAAGCUGCUCUGUCGCGCCUAACGCCAGAAAACCUGGAUGAAGACCACAGCGUGGGCUCGGGUCCCAUGGAGAUUCAGAUGAUGAACUUUUACUCAAAACAGAAUCUUUUUACUCUGUAUACUGGGCUAGUGUUUGUAGAGUGAACUUGUAUUUUAUAUUAUUUCUCAAAGCUGCAAUGCAAUCAAUACAUUUCCCUGAGAUGUUAAGAGAGAUGUUUUCAGCUAAAAACAUCACCUUUUAGAAAUUUGUCUUGACCACCAUGGAUUUUUGAGUUUAAAACAAAGGGCUAUGCAAUUUCAACCCAUACUUGAGUAUGAAACCAUGAAAAUCACUAAAAACUGGAGUUAUGAGGUUUUCAUUUGACAGAAAGACUGUGUAUCAUUGUUGUAUUCUGCAUCAGCAAAGAACAAGUGCUCUCCCUUAUCUCCAAAUUCAACACUGAGAUUAAUAUUAUAAUCUCAUAUUGCUUGUCAUAUAGAGGCUUCUCAGGUUUGGACAGUGACAGAUUACAUGCAGUGGGAUUAUAUUAAUCCAAUUCCACGAAAUGGUUUCUUUAAUCUUUUAUAGUUAAUGUAAAAAAAGAAAGUCAUUUGGAUAGUGAGAUGAUAAACACUGCCAGGAUUCUGCACAGCUGAAACCAAAAGGGAAGAUAGCUAGAGAUAAUGUAAAUGAAUUGAAAUUGUGAUAUGUAAAUGAGAAUGAAGUAAAAUAAGGAACAUGAUGAAAGUGAAAUAAGGAAAAUGAUCCAGCAGUGAUACACUACAUGGCCAAAAGUAUGUGGACACCUGAACUUUACACCCACAUGUGGUUAAUGAACAUAACAUUCCAAAACAAUGGGCAUUAAUCUCCUGCUACAACAGCCUCCGCUCUUCUGGUUUUAGGCUUUCCAACACAUGUUGCUGGGAUUUGCUCCUAUUCAGCCACACAAGCAUUAGUGAGGUCCAACACUGAUAUUGGGCGAUAAAGCCUGGUUCUCAGUUGGUGGUCCAGUUCAUCCCGAAAGUGUUGGAUGGGGUUGAGGUCAGGGCUCUGUGCAGACCAGGCAAAUUCAUCCACCCCAAACUGGGAAAACCAUUUCUUUAAUACUGAAAAAGUCUUUCCUUGUGCUCCGGGGAAAUGUCAACAGGAAAGGACCUUCCUCUAAAUAUUGCCACAAAGUUGGAAGCACAUUGUUGUCUAAAAUAUCCUUGUAUGCUGUGUUAGGACUUCCCUUAAUGGGUAGCAGUUCAGGAACUAAGGAACUGUCCCUGCAUUUUAGGAGGAACCAGGGUAUAAAUUCAGUUUCUCAGAGUUCCUAGUGCCAAAAAAGUCCCUGCUCUGGGGGUAGUACUUUCCUAGGCAGAGUUUGCAGUGCUCAUUUUGAAAACACAACCUGAUUAAUUUACACACAGUAAGCAAGGACUGGCUGCCACUAGUACAAGAAUUCAGACAUUCCUUGUUAUGGUUGGCAUUAAGUUAUGUUGUUGGCUCCCUGACUAACGUCAAUUGGGAGUACAAAUCGAGUGAAUGAGAGAAUCAACACUUAAAGGUGCUCCAUGGAGUUUUCUUGUAAACAAGUAAAAGUUAUGUUUAGUUAUGUCUUUAUUGGCAUCCCGUUUUGUUUAUAUUGUGCAUGCUUAUGAGAGUGGAUAUGUACCAUACAAACAAAAUGGGGACAUUUACUUACUAAAUGAAUGACCAUCAAACAGCAGAUCUUCACUACUCUGGAGUCGGCAGUUUUCCGUUACCUUUACCACCUCUGUGCAUCGCCUUUUAAAUCUAUUUAUUACAUUUUAUUCAAUGAUUUUGU